ACUAUAUAUGGGAAAUUCUUGCAUGUACAUUUCACUUCCAUAUCCAACCCCAAGACGCCUAAUUCAGCAAUUGUAGAUGGCUGCGAAGAUCAACACAGAUACCACAACGGACCAUCCUAUGAUAUGCCAUCUACAGGGCAUGUGCAGUGACCUUGUGGCAAAUAUCAUGUCUCGUGUCGAUGGUUUAGCCUUGGCCUCCCUCGCUUGCACCUCUUCUGACCUCCGAGGCAUUGCUCGACACCACGGGCUGUGGGAAAAUCUAUGCCACUCCACUUGGCCUUCUACUGCGCGGGCACAGCAUCUCAUUUCGCCUUCACUCAUCCGCCAUUUCGAUCAAUUCUUCGCUGAUUCCUACCCAUUGAUAUUCUAUGACGAAGCUGCCAAACACAGCUCUCCUAAAGUGGAAACUAGCACUUCUCCUCCUGAUUUUGUGUCGCUCGUAGAUAUUUAUUACAAGAACCAAUGCGUCCUCUCCAGAGUUCUACACGGCAUACCUGAAGCUGUAGAUGUAUCGACCCCCAAACUCAUGGAUGACAACUGCUACAUGAUUUCCAGUGAACGCGCGCAAUGGUUUCUGAAUUGCCUUAAUCUACAACUGCUGGACCUCACACAUGAUGAGGAGGAAGAUGAUGAUGAUCUUGGCUAUGCUGAUAUUGACAAUGACAAUCUUGGUCACACCAACAACAGUGAAAGAUCAACUCUGGAUGAAAAAUCAGAUAACUGCAAGGAGCUCAUGGAGGACCUCAGAUUGAGUUGGGUGCUGUUAGACAAGAAGACAGGCAAGGCAGUUAAUCUCUCAACCUGGAAGCCAUUUACAGCACAGACUAUCUGGCCACAUGGGGACUAUGUAAUGCAGUUUGGUAGCAUUAUACCCUUUGAAGAGAAAGUGCUGCCUCAAAAGCUAACCAGGUGCACAAUAACAACUAAGUUUAAGGUGACAGAAAUGCAUGGGAAUUUUCAGUGGAGGCAAAUCAGCAUGAGCGUUGAGAAUGUAACAGGCUCCCUGCUUGAUGGAAAGACGAGUUUGAUGAUUCUGAACAAGGCACUAUACAGCAUGCGAAGCACAAAUUGGCUUAAGGUGGAAAAUGGCUUAAAUCAAUAUGAAAAACAAAAAAGAGGGUUAAUUAGGCGAAAGGAAUUGAAAGAAAAUUUGGCUAACAGGAUUUAUAUCUCGGUUGAGAUUGUAGUUUUAACACUUCUUCAUCAUACUAUUAGUAAAUUAUUUUAGCAUUCUCAAA